AUGGCCGAAGCAGGCCCCUCUACGCAGACGAGGGGAUCGCCCGCUGUCCCGCAAUCAGUGAACCGAUCCUCAGUCUCUCUGUAUCCGCUCUCAGGGAUCUUGCGCUCCAUCUGGGACGUUCCUGCCGUCGCUCCCACCACGAAUCCUCCUAUCGACACUCUCUCGCAAUCUUCUGUCCCCAACGCGUACCCCUCCGAUAUUGGACAUCCCGGGAAUGGUAUUUUCGGAGGUCCUCUGCGGUUGGUCCCGUUCGACCUUUCAAAAUCCCACCACUAUCCCAACGGUUUGACGAUCAAGCCAUACGAGAAUGUGGACCAAGAUUGGAUGGGUUCACACUGGAUCGAAUGCUAUCCCAGCAUCCAACACGAACAUCACUUUCAAUACCAACACGUUGUCCUUUAUCUACGUGAAUUCUAUGUUGAUCCCAAGGCUGUAUACCCUACUAGCUGGAACACGGACGUGAACUUCCAUAGCAAUCGCUUCUAUAUCCCUCUGGGAAAGAAGUUCACGGAUUUGGAGAUUGUGAAAUCUGUCAGAGAACAUGACCCCAAAUUAUUGAAAACGGGUACAUCCGAGGUUACAUCCCAGAUGUCGACAAAGUUUAGCGGCAUCAAGCCAGAUGUCUGUCUAACAGGGUAUCACAUUGGAACAUUGGCGGAAGGGACGUAUCGACAAGAGCUCGAGGGCGGCGGAAAGUUGAGAAGACCGAUCGCCCCAAAAGGGUCCUCUACGCUCAAAUCGAGCUCAAAGCUCGAUGAAGCAGAAGAGCUCGAUAUACGAAGGACAAUCGAUCAACAUCUCAAAGGCCUUCAAUAUGCAAACAUGGAGGCUAUCACUCAGACAAUCUUCUACAGCCUACUUGGUCAUGACGUCUCAAAGUGUCGUUCGGCUAUGGCAUUGGUCAACGGGAAUUACACUCGUAUCCUGAACCUGUCCCAUCUGGUGCCAGAAGGAGAAGAGGUAGAUUGGGAGGGCGUGGCUCUGGGAGCAGGCGGUGGCCGGAGAAUCUUGGUCGAAGCCGAUCCAGAUGUUGUCGCCAAGUUGAGGCGCCGCGACAACCAUUGCCUGUCUCCAGAGCAAUUUGGCCUGCUUGCGGCAGGAGAACCCUUCAAUGGUAUCCAGUGGCAAGCACCGAAUUCUAUCAUCGCAAAUUACGAGGAUUGGACUUUGGAUCAAGGGGCCAAGGAUCGCCUCGAUGCCACUCAACUCGUCUUCUUCGAGAACUCUGCCUUAUACCCUCUUUCCGAAUCUUUUGCCACAGCUCAAGACUUUUCACCCGACCUCUCCCUUGGACAUCCUCCUACCUACUAUAAGGCCGGCGGAAAAUCCACCUUGUCGCAACUUUCCACCUACCCCUUCCUCCUCCUUCUCUUGCGACAACCGAUCAAAAGCAGUCAUCGUGACUAG